GGCCAGGCCAGGCCACCUCGCCAGCUGACUGCCUUGAUCCUCUGCGCCCCCCGCCCCCCUCUCAUCUAGCUCGCUGCAUCUGUUCCAGAGCUUUGUGACAUCCCAACACGAUAUGAGGCACCUCGAUCCUCGAUCCUCGAUCCUCGAUCUCACUCACCUUCGUUUCUCCAUUCGGACCUAUGCUCUCACGCUAGGCUGCUUCAGGAAACCCAGAUCAGCGCGUAUAGAUUCGCGCCCGUGCGGUCGAUUCGUUGCAGUCACGAGUCUACCUACACCCUUCGCAUCGGGUCUGUGCGCGCCGCUGCUGUCUGAAGCACCCAACCCCCGCAUAUUCUUGGUUGUAAUUGAAUGGCCUGAGGGAUGCGGCAUGCUCUCCGCGCUGCUGCUUCUCGCUCCUGAAUCGCACACGCAAAUCGUCUUCCUGGAGCUUUUGCUGAGAAGAUCCUUCAACGCGCGCCUAGUGCACGUAAUCACAAGGAGGCAGCAGCUCGCUUCUUGGAACGCAAAUUGGGUGUAUAGCCGACCGCAUUCCUUGGAUGCUCAACCCCAAGAAACUUUAAUCCCGCAUUCGCUGUGCGAGCGUCGGUGAUGAGCCGAGAACAGCACAUGUGCGCGCCCAGAUUCAAGAUGCUGCGGUGAUGGGCGCUCGUCGCCAAGGCAGCGUCGCCCCUGAGUAUUGCGCAGCCAUGCCGACGACCAACACUCUGGAUAGCUCAGGUUCGCAGCUCCGUUUGCACUUGUCGG